CUUUCUCAGGUUUUUAUUCUCUGAGGUGGGCAUAUCAGAUCCAUAAGAGCUGUGUUGACUGUAAUUACUUUUUCCUGUGCUGUCAGGUAUGUCUUGGAAGAUGGCUCAGCAGCUCUCCAGAGGCCUUUGGACAGCAGCUGUGACAGUGAUGCUGAUGGUGCUGAGCACCCGGCCAGCUGAGGGCAGAGACUCUCCUCAGGACUUCGUGUUCCAGUUUAAGUUUCAGUGCUACUUCACCAACGGGACGCAGCGGGUGCGGCUUGUGACCAGAUACAUCUACAACCUGGAGGAGUUCGCGGGCUUCGACAGCGACCUGUGGGAGUACCGGGCGGUGACGGAGCUGGGGCGGCGGGACGCCAAGUACUGGAACGAACAGCAGGACGUCCUGGAGGGGACGCUGGGUGAGUGCCAGCUUCUUUGUGGCUUCACAUCUCAUUCUGUCUUUUCCUGUCUAUUACUUCCCUCAGAGAAACCCACAGUGACCAUCUCCCCAUCCAGGACAGAGGCACUAAACCACCACAACCUGCUGGUCUGCUCGGUGACGGAUUUCUAUCCAGGCCAGAUCAAAGUCCGCUGGUUUCGGAAUAACCAGGAGGAGACAGCUGGCAUUGUGUCCACCCCCCUUAUUAGGAAUGGGGAUUGGACCUUCCAGAUUAUGGUGAUGCUGGAAAUGGCCCCCCAGCGUGGAGACGUCUACACCUGCCAAGUGGAGCACCCCAGCCUCCAGAGCCCCAUCACAGUGGAGUGGCGGGCUCAGUCUGAAUCUGCCCAGAGCAAGAUGCUGAGUGGUGUCGGGGGCCUUGUGCUGGGGCUGAUCUUCCUCGGGCUGGGGAUUAUCAUUCGUCGCAGAAGUCAGAAAGGAGCUCAUGGGCCUCCACCAGCAGGGCUCCUGCACUGACUCCUGGGAUUGGUUAUUGCUCUUCUGUGAUGCCUACCUGUCCUUCCCAGCCAUAUGAGUCACCCUGAGUCCUACAACUGGCUCUGAUAUAGCCACCAGAUUACCUCCUGUGACUCCUGCCCCCAGGAUAUGACUUGACUCUGCUUUCUGCACUGACUUGGGGCUUCUCUGUUUCUGUUCCCCCUCCACAGACUGCUCAAGAGGACAUUAAACCCAUUUACCUGUAGAUCAUCUUUUACAAUUAAACAUGAUUAUGAAUUAUCUAUACCCUUAGCCUCUUCAAUUAGAGACAUAAAACUACUGUUGGUGAAGAGAACAUAUUUUGAGGUGACCCAGGGAAACUAGCCAGAAGGAGGAUUUGUUCCUUGAAAGGAGACUAGAAGCAUCAUGCAGUACCAAGUAAGGGUGGGCCGAGGAGAUAGAAAAUCAAUUCAGUUGUCACAGCCUUCACGGUUCUUUAAGUAUUGAUGUCAAUGUAAUGGCUUUAGGUGUUCCAGACUCUCUUCCAGUCUGUUAAGUAUUGUGUAAGAAAGCAUAGUAGAGUUACCUGGGACAGAUAUAAUAUCUCCCGGUGUUGCAGAGAAUCAAACUGAUGUUUCAGAUGUCAGUGUAUCCUGAAAAGUCAUACUGAUUGAGGCUAAUUACUAUCAUUUUUUAAAUUAAUUUUUUUAGACGUAGGAUCUCACUAUGUUUUCUAGGCUGGCCUUGAUCUAGUGAUUCUCAUGACUCGGCCUCCUCAGUAGCUGGGAUUACAGGUGUGCACCACUCUACUCUGCACUCAAUUUUUAUUUUUGAGAUAAUAUAACUAGAAACAAAAGUACUAUACUUGGUUCCAAAUUAUAGAACUUCUUUUGUUGUUCUUUCUUUAUUUUAAAAUAUAGCAUAGUUUAUUUGAGCACAGAAAAAUUCAUGAAUCAGUCUUCAGAAGAGCUCUACUCAGCAAUACAGGCAGGCAGUAUUUACAGAUGAAAACAGGAAGUGACAUACAGGAACAACUCAGGGCUCAUCUUACUUAGGAAUAUGUGAUGAGACAUUGCCUGUGUGGACAUGGUUGGAGCAGUUGGCAACAUGUGAUUGGUUGAAGUUUGGCUGGUAUGAUUUAUUGAAACUCAGCUAUUUGUUACAAGAAUCUAUGCUAAAGUUAGGUUGCAGUUUGUUCACAUACUAAGUGAAGUUGCAGUUUGCUAUGUAGGGACUCAAGAUAUAGAGGCAGUUUUAAGGCCAAAUUGAAUUUAAAUUUAACAAUGUAGACUGUCAAGUUCGUUGUCAUUUUUAUUUACCAAUGUUUUCAUAGUGUUUCAUCGUAUUCUCAUGUGAGCUUUUUAAAAUUAUCUGUAUGAUCCGUUGUGAUAUAGUUAGUCACUUUCAUUCCUCAUAAUGGUGACUUAAGUUUUUUCUGUUUCCCUUGAUUCGUUUAGCUAAAGAUUUAUCAAUGUAUUGAGCUUUUCAAAGAA